CACGCCGCGCGACGCGAACGCUCUACAGACGCCCCGCCACGCAAGAUGAUCCUCACAAAUUGCGCCGCCUGCGCCGCCCCACUGGCCCACGACGCGCCGCGAUGUGUGAGAUGUCACACAAGAUAUUGUAACAAAACUUGCCAGAUGGACCACUGGCGCCGCGGCCACAAGCAGAUCUGUAAGAAGAUACACCGCGGCGGUAACGCUGAGCAAUACCACGCCGACAAAAAAUACAAGGAGGCCGUCGCGGAGGCUGUCGAGGCGUGCGCGGCCGACACCAAGGGGCAGACGUGCUACAUCUGCACGCAAGCCCUCCACUGGAAAACGAAGGAGGGUCUUGUGCGCGGAUGUUCGUGCCGUGGGACGGCGGGAUUUGCCCACGUGUCGUGCCUGGCGGAGCAGGCGAAGAUUUUGCUCGCCAGGGCAGCAGAAGGGCAAGAAGGGCAAGGGCGAGGGUGGAUGGAGAAAUACCACCCGUCACCCGCACGGGUCGUUUCCCUCCCGACACCCUUCAUUACCCGCACCCUUACCUGCACCCUUACCCUUGGCGCGGGACGGGCACCCUUACCCUUACCUCACCCUUAUUUGGGGGUCGGCGAAUUUAGUGUUUUUCGACGUAUUAGAACGCGCUAUUUUAUAGGGGGGGGUCGAUGGAGGGCUGCGCUGCACGACGACGACUGCAGCGCGCGCGGGGCUUGUCGGACUCGCCGACGCGAAGUGGCAGGCAUCCGUGAUGAACGGUGCGGUUUACCCUUCGUCUCUGAAUGCUUCCGGAUCGGCUCGGAACAUUUCCUUGUACUUGGCGAACACCUUCUUCAACACGUCGGGACCCAACCAUUCGAUGUUUCUGGCUACCUUAACCAUCAUCGCAGCAAUCUCUGGACCCAACACCUUUCUAAGCUUCGAGGCCAACAUUCCAUGCGUCGAAAAGCUACUCUCACUCACACCCUCAGUCGACUGGUCGGCGAAGACUUGCCGGGCCAUGUUGUAGUGGACGGGACGCAGGGACUGGCCCUGGGAGUAGAAAAGCAAAAUCUCGAACUUCCCGUUGACGAUGGCGCGCUGCACGUCCGGGUGGUCUCCCUUUCGCUGGCGAAUGUCGUGAAUUUGAUUCAUCUCGUCCGUCGCAGGCACUUCGUCGUCGUUCUCUUCAUCAGAACUCAAUGGGUCCUCCACCUCGGCCAUCAGACUGUCAAAACCAUCAUCCCCGCUGCGUCGCUGCUGCUUCUUCUUCUGGCCUCGGCGGAGGCUCGGCGGCGCAACACCGAGGAACCGCUCCGUCUCCCGAUAUAAUUUCUGAUAGGCCUUGAUCAUGCGUGUUUCGAGGGGCUUGCUUUUCAGGAUCUUUCGAGGGUCUGUAGUAACGUCCAUAUGUAGUGCAACGAGGUCCCGCUCGCAGAUAUCAUCUUCGAAGAAGCCCUUCUCGACCUGCUCCGCGAGCAACGUGCGGGUAAUCCGCGCCACCGGGGGCAGGUCCGCCGCCAUCACUCUCUCUCUUCCUAGAACCAUGCUCUCGCCUGACGUGACCCAUUUCGUCAUCGUUACAGGGGUCCUUGAGGACGCGUUGAUCACGCCGCGGGCUAACUUUAACGUGAGGUGCACCGUCGGUUCCGUCGAAUGUUGGAUGAGCUUGUUAAAGGCACGGGGGGCGCCCAGCGCGGUCCGCAGCCCAUGCCCGCCGUUCCAAGCCUUUUUAUCAGGGAAGCGCUCCGCCGCGCGAUCCUCCCACUUCUUUUCCCGCGACGGCGUCGCGUGGCGCACGUCUGAGUCUGAAGAAGCGUCCGAGAGCGAGUCCUCCUCGAGCGGUAGCUCCGCGUCGGCGUCGACGGAGCUCUCGUCGUCGUCCAAAUCCAUCAUAUCGAGCACGUUGCCAUUGAUGAGUAGGGAUUUCGCCUUGUACAUAGGUAUCUCGAGGUCCGUCGAACGUUCAAUAGUGUGGUGGAUGCCGUCCCAGCGCGUCUCGUUCGCUACAACAGUGGUCUUGGCCGAGGCGAAGUCCUGGGCCAGGCCGAGCUUGACCUGGAAGUCCUUCUGCGAAUUGUCGAACUGGCGACACUUCUUCACGAACGCCGCCCAUCGUUUGAACGUCUUCACUAAACCGGGCCCCUCUGGAUUCAGAUGCUGCGAUGUCUUGGUCAUGCCCAGGGCGUAGAGCACUUUGCGGCCCAUUUUGUGGGCACCACAGUAUCGACCGUCCUUCUUGCCGAGGCGCAUGGCCUUCCAGUUCGCCGAGCCGCCGUCUAUCGUCGGCGACCCGACGUCCUUCCGGUAGUCGACGCCGUGCCGCACGCACAACGAGUCUACAAACGAGUUGAUGGCCUGGCCGUCCUUCGCUAGCUUGGCGGGCCAAUUUUUGUAGCCGAACUGGAAGGGCUGCAUCUGGAGGCACCCUUCGACCACAAUGAUGAUGCUGCCGUUCACCGAGAUGUACGUGACGCCGUGCUUCGUCAUCAUGUCGAACUGCAUGCCGAUACACUGGCCGCCGACCUCCCGGACGUGCCGCUGCAGGCGCACGGCCUUCUCGUCGUCGCAGAGGGCGUCGAGGGCCUCCAGGAUGCGCACGCACGUCUUGCGAUCUGGAGGGACGUAGCCCGGCUUGAGCCUUCCAGAGUACUUGCGCAUGCCCUUCUUUCUCGAGCUGUAGAACGGGAUGCCGUCCACGCAGCACAUGACCACGAAGUCCACGUGAUGAGUAAACGCCUCCUCGAACGAGAGGCGUUCUACAACGUUGCCGUCGACCACCAUGCGUUUACUAGUGCCCUUGAUGUCGCCUCGUUCGACCAUCUUCUUAAACUCCGUCGAGUGAUUAUCCCUCAUGUGGUUGAUGAGCGCACCAGUACUUCCGUCCCACACGGUUACCUGUGCACAAGCACCCAAUAGGUCCCCAGUCACCCAACAGUUCGCGCGCGUAUUUCACGGCGACGCGCUUCGCACCGGAUAUACGCGAGGCCAUCACCACGCCAUCGAGAAGACGUCGCGGCGAUGGCGUGACGGUCGACGUGAUGAUUCAGCACGAAGAACGCAGUGGAAACUGAUUGAUGCACCGGUUGCGGCUGGAUGAUUAUUGCACUUCGGGUCGCCGUGGAAUUCAUCCCUACAGACGAAUUUGAAUUUGCGCGUCGUCCUGCCUUUUCCAUUCGUUUUCGUCUCCACUAACUCAGCUUUUCUAAAACACUUGCGGAUGGCGGCCCUGGAGUUUUCGAAGAAAUUGGGCCCUUCGUCGUCGGCAUCUAGGUCCGCAUCAGCAGCUUCGGCCGUCUCGAGCGCGGGCACGGGUGCGGGCGCCGGCGCCGGCGGCGGCGGCGGCGGGUGAUCCUCCUCCCACGCGGCGAGGAACUUGCUGUAUUCCGAGAGCCCGAUCCACUCGCAGUCGCCCCCCGUCGGAUUAUGCUCUUGAUCUUCCGGGCGCGUUAAGACGAAGCCAAACGCCGGCUGCGCAUUCCUUAUCCCUUUGAACUUGUGCGCCCCAUCUAUUUUCACGACCUCGAUCGGGUAGAGCUGCUUCUCCUCUUCUGGAGUGCUGCCUUCCCAGAACGAGCCCGGGAUGCUAAAUUCCUUGCCGAUGUGCUGCUGCAUGUCGGUCUUUUUCACCUUCUUGUAGUAUAGUUGCGGCGGCAUGGUUUAGUGGUGCUGCUGGCGGUGGUCUGUAGUGGUGCUGGUGGUCGUGGUCGUGGUGUAGCGCGCGGCUGGUUUGGAUCUCGCAGCGCAGCAGAGCAACUACUCACUGUACGUGGCACGGGUACUCGAUCGCAGCAGCGAUUCUCGGAUGGAGCGGCGAGCUCCGCAUGGAGCCGUGGAAAUGCACACCCGGGCGGGCCCGCCCGAAACGAGUCCAGCGUUGUUCGAGGCACCGCUCCAGAGGUCUUUCGAGAAAUGGCCCUUCGGGGAAAAGGGUUGAUGGAGUUUCCCGCGCGCCCUUACCCUCGCCCUUCGCGAAACGCCUACACCCUUGACUCACCCGCACCCUUACCCUCACCCGCACCCUUCCCCCGAACUGGACACCCUUCACCCUUACCCUCGACGGGUAAACACGGGUAAAAGGGUGUCGCCCUUGCCCUUCUGCUGCCCUGUUGCUCGCGGAGGCCGAGGAGAACAAUUUGGACAUCAAGGCGAAGACUGAGAGGUUCCGCCGUUGGGAUACGUGUAGCCUGUGCGAGCAACGGUACCAUGGCGUCGUCUCGUGCGCGCUCGGAUGGGCGUGUUGGAAGACGUACGUCGGGCGGCCGGAGAGGGACCAGCUUCGUCGCCCUGCGAUGGGCGUUCUUGGGAACGGUUUAGCCGAGGCAGAACACCACGAGGACGCGUUGUCUGUGGAAGAGGCCAAGUUGGCUAUGGAGCGGCGUGUUGGCGCGUCAGCAUACAGCAUUCUCGGAGCGCAGAGCAAUCUUGCGACCACGUAUGAUAAACUCGGACAACACGAUCAGGCUCUGCGGAUGCGGCUCGGUGUAUACUCUGAGCGUUUGAAGCUCAGCGGCGAAGAACAUAGAGAGACCCUCCUAGCGGCCAACAACUGCGCGUUCUCCCUUGGUGUUCUCGAGCGCUUCGAAGAGGCCAAGUCGCUGAUGCGCAAAAUGAUGCCCGUGGCGCGACGCGUUCUCGGCGAGAGUCAUGAACUCACGCUCAUGAUGCGCUUGAAUUACGCGCGGUCGAUCUACAAGGACUGCGGCGCCACGCUCGACGAUCUCCGCGAGGCCGUGACGACGCUCGAGGACACGGAACGGAUUGCACGGCGUGUCCUCGGCGGCGCGAACCCGGGCACAGUUGGAAUAGAGGAUGGAUUGCAAAAGGCAAGAGCCGUGCUCCGCGCGCGCGAAGCCGGGCAGAAAGUAGUCUUCGUAAGAGAAUAA